AUGAAUGGUAAGUAUAAGUCUUUCACUGUUGGUUUUUUUUCAGUAAAUAAGUGUAGCUGACAAGAUAUUUGAUCCGUUCAGUACCAAGGAGAAUUGUCAUCCUGGGCAAAACUGGAUCUGGGAAAAGUAGCCUGGCAAACACCAUAUUUGGAGAGGAAGUGUUCAAGAUCGACCAUACUUCCAAAUCUGGAACAAGUAAAUGUCAGGCAGAAACAAGAUCUCUUAAUGAAAGAAGAUUUACUUUGAUCGACACUCCUGGUUUCUUUGACACCAAAAUGUCUGAAGAGGAACUGAAGCCUGAGAUAGUGAGGUGUCUCACAGAGUGCGCUCCUGGUCCUCAUGCUUUUCUCAUUGUGCUUAAAGUGGAGAAAUUCACUGAACAUGAGCAGGCUGUUGUUGCUAAAGUGAAGGAAUACUUUUUUGAAGAAGCCUUUAGAUAUGCAACAGUUGUCUUUACUCAUGGUGAUCAACUUCAAGAGGGGCAGACGAUUGAAGAUUUUGUCCAAGAGGACGAGAAUCUGAGAGAUCUGGUGAAGCUGUGCAGCGGCCGCUGUCAUGUCUUCGAUAACAAAUACUGGAACAAAGAGGGUGAAUACAGAAACAACCAGUUCCAGAUAAAGCAGCUGUUCAAGACAAUAGACAAGAUGAUUAAAGACAAUACAGAUGGCUGCUACACCAAUGAGACGCUACAAGCAGUGGAGAAAGAAAUACAGCAAGAGAUUGAAAAGAUUAGGCCGUCAUCUGCAAACAUGUCAGAGGAAGAGAUCAGAAAGAGGGCUAAAGGCAAUGUUUUUAGAAAGCUUUCGACUCGCCUUGCAGGGCCAGUAACAGGUAUGCUGCUUGGAGCUUUUUUUGGUGCUAAGAUGACGGUCACAGUAACUGUUAUAUUCACAGGAGCAGUCACACCUUUACUGGUAUCAGCUGCAGUGGGAGCAGUGAUUGGAGGGGCUGCAGGACUUUUUGUAGCGAAAGACUCAAAGACACCCCAGGAGGCAGGAACAGCAGUUAAAAAUGCUGCAAACGUUUUCCGUGAGGAAGUUGCUGAUUUUAUGGGGGGAAUGGCACAGCCUAAAAAGAAGAAAGAGAAGUGA